GCUGGAAGAUUUAUGAUCGAUUCAGGAUCACCCAUUACCAUUAUCCCAAUAUCGGAUCAGGAUAGCAGCAACAGUUGGGUGGAUUCCGGUCUUAGAGACGCUAGUGGGAACGUGAUCCGUACUUACGGUAAAUGCAUCGUGAAUGUCCCGAUCGACGGAAAAAAUGUCCCGUUUGAGGCCUCCCGUUGCAACGUAGUCCGGCCUAUUCUUGGUCGCGACUUCUUCAAAGGCCCCGGAAAACAUUUGUUGAUUGACCUUGCUGAAGAGAAAUUAGUAAAAAGAAAUAACCAUUACGAAUGUCUUCAGCUUGAUUUCAACAAAAUUGCAACGGUUUGCGCAUUAGAUGUACCUCGCUUGAAUCCGUUGGCCAAGACGUUCUGGUCAUCAUCGGUUUUGGGAUCAGCAAGGAGGGAAGCACAACGGUUGGUUGACGUAUUCUGUGAAAAUCAAGAGAUUGAUGGUAUUUCACCUGCGUUAUUCGCUCCUAUCCGUAUUGAGACCGGAGAUCAAGCACCGAUUUUUUCGAAAUCCCGUCCGCUCUGUGGCGACAAGGCUACUUUCGUCGAGAGAAAACUUCAUGAAAUGGUGGAGGGUGGUAUUUUAGAAGAAGUGACCGGGCCAAUUGAAUGGGCCUCGCCUAUUCACGUCGCGCCGAAGAAAGGGCCAGACGGCCAAGUAACCGAUUUCCGGUUGUGCG